GCGCCACGUCAUCUUCGGGCUCCCAGUGCCAGCCGGGCAGUGGAUGUUGGGAAGCAAGAUGGCGUCCACGGCCAGCAUUCGGGAGAGGCAAACAGUGGCUCUGAAGCGAAUGUUGAACUUCAAUGUGCCUCAUGUUAAAAACAGCACCGGAGAGCCAGUAUGGAAGGUACUCAUUUAUGACAGAUUUGGCCAAGACAUCAUCUCUCCUCUGCUGUCUGUGAAGGAGUUGAGAGACAUGGGGAUCACUCUGCAUCUCCUUUUGCACUCGGACCGGGACCCCAUUCCAGAUGUUCCUGCAGUGUAUUUUGUGAUGCCGACGGAAGAAAAUAUCGACAGGAUGUGCCAGGAUCUUCGAAAUCAGCUCUAUGAAUCCUAUUAUCUAAAUUUUAUUUCUGCAAUUUCAAGAAGUAAACUGGAAGACAUUGCAAAUGCAGCAUUGGCAGCGAGUGCAGUGACACAAGUCGCCAAGGUUUUUGACCAGUAUCUCAAUUUUAUUACUUUGGAAGAUGACAUGUUUGUGUUAUGUAAUCAAAAUAAGGAGCUUGUUUCGUAUCGUGCCAUUAAUAGGCCAGACAUCACAGACACAGAAAUGGAAACUGUUAUGGACACUAUUGUUGACAGCCUCUUCUGCUUCUUUGUUACAUUAGGUGCUGUUCCCAUUAUCCGAUGCUCAAGAGGAACUGCCGCAGAAAUGGUGGCAGUGAAACUAGAUAAGAAACUUCGGGAAAAUCUACGGGAUGCAAGAAACAGCCUUUUUACAGGUGACCCACUUGGGACUGGCCAGUUCAGCUUCCAGAGGCCCUUGUUAGUCCUUGUCGACAGAAACAUUGAUUUGGCGACGCCCUUGCACCACACGUGGACAUACCAAGCCCUGGUACAUGAUGUGCUGGACUUCCACUUAAACAGAGUAAAUUUGGAAGAAUCUGCAGGAAUGGAAAAUUCUCCAGCUGGUGCUAGACCAAAGAGGAAAAACAAGAAGUCUUACGAUUUAACUCCAGUUGAUAAAUUUUGGCAGAAACAUAAAGGAAGCCCCUUCCCAGAAGUUGCAGAAUCAGUCCAGCAAGAGCUAGAAUCGUACAGAGCCCAGGAGGAUGAGGUGAAACGGCUGAAGAGCAUUAUGGGUCUAGAAGGAGAGGACGAGGGAGCCAUCAGCAUGCUCUCUGAUAACACUGCCAAGCUCACGUCAGCUGUCAGUUCUUUGCCAGAACUCCUUGAAAAAAAAAGACUUAUUGAUCUCCAUACAAAUGUUGCCACUGCUGUUUUAGAACACAUAAAGGCAAGAAAACUGGAUGUAUAUUUUGAAUAUGAAGAAAAAAUAAUGAGCAAGACUACUCUGGAUAAAUCCCUCCUAGACGUCAUAUCUGACCCUGAUGCGGGAACUCCGGAAGACAAGAUGAGGCUGUUUCUUAUCUAUUAUAUAAGCACGCAGCAAGCACCUUCUGAGGCUGAUUUGGAGCAGUAUAAGAAGGCUUUAACAGAUGCAGGAUGCAACCUUAGCCCUUUACAGUAUAUCAAACAGUGGAAGGCUUUUGCCAAAAUGGCCUCAACUCCCGCCAGCUAUGGUAGCACUACCACUAAACCAAUGGGACUGUUAUCGCGAGUCAUGAACACAGGGUCACAGUUUGUGAUGGAAGGUGUGAAGAACCUGGUACUGAAGCAGCAGAAUCUACCCGUUACGCGAAUUUUAGACAAUCUCAUGGAGAUGAAAUCAAACCCUGAAACUGAUGAUUAUAGAUAUUUUGAUCCCAAAAUGCUGCGGAGCAAUGACAGCUCAGUUCCUAGGAACAAAAAUCCAUUCCAAGAGGCCAUUGUCUUUGUGGUAGGAGGAGGCAACUAUAUUGAAUAUCAGAAUCUUGUUGACUACAUAAAGGCAAAGCAAGGCAAGCAUAUUUUAUAUGGCUGCAGUGAGCUUUUCAAUGCGACCCAGUUCAUAAAGCAGGUAAAGUGAACCUCUCUAGUUUGCUCUCUGAGCCAGCACAAGUUGCUGUUGGCUCUCUCUCCUUUGAAAAUUAUAUCACUUCAACUGAAUUUAAAUCAGCAACUGAAUUUAAAUCAGCUUAAACAAAACCUCAUCUAGCUCUAAGUUUCACCAUGGAUAUAGAGACGGCUCCGGUAAGUAACAUUUUUAAAGGGUUAAUAAUCCCAACUCUUUUGAAAAGGUAAUUAUUUAAAAUUAAAAUACCCAAGUAGGCUAGGUUGCAUUCAGCAUUUCUAAUAUUCUGUUCAUAUGUCUGCUGCCGGGCAUAUCAUAGUUGGGUCUCAGAACUCUUCAGCAGGAUGUGCUCAGCUAUGUGUCCACUUGGAAAGUUAACGGCAGCUGUAGCUGUGUCCAUUUUCCUAUCAUUCUUCAAGUAUCGUUCCCACUAAUGUUCUCAGCAAUUAUAUUGAUCUUAGAUUUUUUUAAAUUGGUAUGCACAUGGCCUGAUCAGAAAUGUCUAAAUGUCAGCAUCUGGAGUACAGGUAAAGGAGAUACAGCUUCUCACUGUUGCUCUCAGCCUCUUGGAGUUCCCUAUGAUUCUAGGGACAAAUUCAGGCCAAACUAGGAUCCACAGCUUUGAUGAUGAGGAACUUGAGGACUAACGAGUUUGUGAAGCAAGACUGGGAUUCCGUGGCAGAUGUUUUACAGCAGGGAAGCAUGGGGUUAGACAAAGAGAGGUGUUCAGAGCAGAGUGGUGCACCCUGGGAAUGUGGGUGUGGCCUAGCAGAGUGAGUCUCGGGAAGUAACAAAAUACUUGAUUCUGAGAAUUCCAUGCAUGUAUGUAUGCACUUUGAUCAUAUCCAACAGCAUCCUUGCGCUUGUCAUUUUCACAUUUUUACCUUGGAAAUUUUUCAAACAUGCAGAAAGUUGAAGAGAAUUUGCAGUUUAGGUAACCAAGGAAACUCAGUCUGGUUUUCUUUUCAGUGACUCAGCUGUUGUCAUGCUACUUCUCUGGUUUCAUUGGUCUUUAGAAUGUUUGCUUUAAUUGCUUUAUUGUGUUCUAUUCCUAGCCUUCUUGAACUGUAAAUAUAAGUUCAGUUCUAAUUUAAACUCAGUAUUUAAACUGUAAGGUUUAAGUGCCUGGCCUGUGUCAGCUUCAUUCAACACAUUUGCCUGCUCUGUGCUUUUUAGUUUGAAAUAUUUUGUAAUUUAUGUUGUGAUUUAUUCUGUAGCCCAAAGUUUGUGGUUCUGUUGUUUAUCAGUUCCCUUACCGUCACAGAACAUUCCCCCGUUUUAAAUAAGGUGUAGUUCCUUUUGUGGUCCAGCCUCUGGUCUGGUCAGGGUAGCGCUGCUCAGAUUCUGUGUUUGUUUCCCCUUCAAUGGGGGUGUCCUCUAUCGUGCGAUGAGAGACGUUCAGGUUGCUAACCAGGAGCCUGAUGUGGUGACUCAUUCCUCUGCACCAGUCCCUCAGAGCAGGAGGAGGCAACUUCUAGAUGACUUCGAGCUGUUGAUCUUGUCUCAAAAAAAGAAAAGCUAAUUAGAAUUAUUGAAUUCUCUUUCUCCUCUUAGCUCUAUCUAUUACUCUAGGGUCUUAUGUAGCCCAGGCUAGCCUUGAACUCACUUUUCCUCUCCCCUCUGCUUUUGGUACUUGUUUACGACUCUGGUCCCAGAAUUACAACAGUGCUAGAAAAUUCCUGUUGCCUAGUGAUGCUGGUGUAAGCAGAGCUACUGUUCGCUAGUCCCAGGGAAGCGUAGCACACACAGUUUGUAUGAUAGUUGAUAAUGGUAGCCAGUGCUCAAGUGCAGCUCAAGCAGAGAGUGUUUCAGAAGUCUUCAGCUAGCUCCUGAGCCUUCAAUGCUGGCCCCUGGAGUUCUUCUGUGCUCCAUUCAUGGUGAACGCCCAAUAAAAUGGACCACAUUUAAUCUUGUUUGUGUGGAUGCAGGCAUACAGCUGUAAUUUAAUGGAAAGGUUACGUGGGUGUUUGUGUCCCUGUGAGGCCAGAGGCCAGCAUCAGUGUCUUCCUCAUUAACUCUCUACCUUGUGCUUUUUUUUCCAUGUGUUUUGAACUUUUUUUUAUUUAAAGAUUUCCGUCUCUU